AAAUAUUUAUAGUGCACCCAAUGAAAUGGAAACUGAUAACGAUGAAGAAGCGAUCCCAGAACUAACCGAUGAGGAAAUAGAAGAAAUAGAACCAAUCGAAGAAGACAGUCCGCAAACGCCAGACAAAUGCGAGAAAUCCUACGAAGACGACGAAGGCUCCAUCUGCCCGAUAUGCCUGGAUUACUGGACCAACGCCGGCGACAAUCGCAUCAGCUCGUUGAAGUGCGGCCAUCUUUUCUGCCGUCAAUGCCUACUCAGAUGGCUCGACUCGCCCAGCAGAAACUCCUGCCCGACGUGCAAGAAACGCGCCCGCAAGUCCGACAUUCGACCCAUAUACGCCCGACGACUAACGGCCGUGGACAAUUCCCAAAUCGAAGCCCUACGCGACCAACUGAGCGCCGCCAUCGAAGAGAAACACAAAUUCCAAUUGGACAUAUCGAAGUACGCGUGCAGGGAGAGCGUCUACAAACAGAGGAUUAUUGAAUUAGAGGCCGAAAUCGUACGAUUGAAUCGAACCACUCGACCGAUCGAGAACAACCGAUUCGACGUACCGAACAAGAAACCUACUAGAUUGUACCUGGACAAAUCGCUGGAGAUUUGCAAAAAGGACGGUUGUAGGGUGUUCGAUUCGAACAACAACCUCAACAUUCUGAUAGCCUCGUCGAAGUCUCCCAGCACUCUGUUCGCUGGUUUCGGCGUGCGUUCGGUCGAUCUAUCCACCUACAAACCGACCGGUUAUGUACCGUUACACCAACAACAAAUCCGCGAUGUUUCAUUCCAUACAUCAACCAAUUUAUUCGUGACCGUUUCCAUGGACAAGUCGUUUAAAGUGACGGACAUACGGAACGCGCGAACGGUAUCGACGGCCGCCCUCGGCAUGCCUCUGUGGUCUUGUUGCUGGGACUCCAACAGCCAAUACUAUUUGUACGUGGGCACGCAGUCCGGUUCGACCGUGAAAUACGACAUUCGCAACCUGAACGAAACGUUCGAGGAGCUGUCGAUACCCGGCGACAUGUCGCCCGUGGUGUCGCUGGCGUCGAUCAACAACUGCAACUUGGUGGGGCUGGUGUCGUGCAAGCUGAACUCGUUGUGGUUGUUCGAGGAGCGCAACGCGAGGCAUCCGAUCAAUUUGAACGGACCGUUUGUUAGUAUGAAGUACGAUAGAGCUACCGAGCAGUUGCUGGUGUCUUCGAGGCCUAAUAAUCUGGUCGCCCAUUCGACGCACACGCUGUGUACUUUGAAGAAGACCAACGAGGGGGUGAAUUGCGAUACGGUGCACGUUUUUACAGGCGGUGGUAUGCAAAAGUUGCUGUCGAAGUCUUGCUUCGUGUCCGACGCGGGUGACUAUGUGGCCGCGUACGAAGAGACCGGCAAGUGCGUGUGCCUGUGGAGCAUCAAUACGGGGGCCAGGUGUUGCGCCGUGCCGGCCAAGGAGGCCGUGCUGGAUUUGAAGGGGGUGAGGAACGGUGGAGACACGUUUUUGGUGUCGCUUACCGAGAGAAAUCUGGAUUUUUACAAAUUUUUUUAGAAGUAAAUGAAUGUAAACUUGCCUAGAGGCGUCGGUUGUUAUUUUUGAUGUUUGUUGUGAUUUUCUUUAAAGAUAAUUCUUG